UCACCGUGACCUUGCCGGCGGUCUUUACGACGCUCUCGCGUCCCACAUCCUGCCAUUCUCACCGGAUAGAACUUUCAGUGCGCAAGGUCAACGCGUAGGCGACUGGAAACAUCAGCACUCACAGAUCCUCGGGCAGCCACACAUGCGCCCUGCCUUUCUCCUGCGACAGAGGCGCAGCCUACUCAUGCCAUUAGACCCUUCCAAACGGUCCCCUUCUUUUGGAUCUCCUCUCAAGCGUCCUUUCCCCCAAUCCCGUUCCGUUUCCUCCUCUUCCUCGACUGCCGCAGACCAGGAAGCCCUUCGGCCAGGCAAGGUUCCAAAACUCGAAGACGCACAUUCCCCUACAAUUUUCGCGUCUUCUACGAGCACUCUGCCUUCUACUUCAGGUUCGUCGCGCCGCAAACCCAGUUCCUCUUUGCUCGCGCGCAUGCCUCCGACCGGACCCUCCCAGCUAUCCAGCGGUAAGGGGAAAAGAGGGAAGGCACAGGCGGCGUUGGCCUUGAAGGCACCUAUUUUAGAGCCCACGUAUGACUUGGAGUACAUCGAGGAGCACUAUAAGACGGAGCAGCUCAAGCAACAAUGGUUUGACAACCCAAAGGCAGCCGUAGCUAAUUGGAUGUCCAAUAAGUACAAGUCCACUCCAUUAUAUGAGUCAGUACAGGGUUUAAACAGCAAUCGGAAAGCGAUAUGGAGAACCACAGCACGAAUAGAUAUCAAAAACCUGCGGAUGGAAGCUUAUGGAGAUCAUCAGAACAGAAAAGAUUCAGAAAAACUUGCGGCAUUAUCUCUUUUGUAUCAACUAAUCGACGCAGGGCUGCUUGGACAGCCUAGUAAAGGCCGGCAGGCAGAGCUGGAGCCGGAACUCUCACCAAUGCAAGCUACGCUGUCUGAUGGGAGCCUGGUCGAUUUUGACAAGGGCCGACAGUUUAUGGACUACUAUUGUCGGCGCUUUGGUUUCGGCAAGCCGGAUAUCACAUCUGUUGCCUUGAACAGCAGGGGACAAAAGACUUAUUGGCAGGCGGAAAUGACGGUAGGCGGCAGGAAGAUUGGUUUUGCAACUGGUCCAAACAAGAAAGCUGCAUCGAUGGCCUGCUAUAUUGACGUCACGAAGUAUCUGGAAGAAUGCGACGCGAGCAUUUGGGAGGAAUUUCUCAAGGAUGCGAAGACUGGCAAAGAUCUUGGAUUGGCACCCAGAGUGUUGUUUUCGAUCGAUGACUCCCUGCAGGAGCAGGUAGAAGACCUGUGCGCGGAGAUCAGGAAGAGCACACUUUAUAAAAAACGCCCAAAGACAGAGAUGGCUCCCGGAGACGCUCCACCGGAACCUGAACAAUCUCAGAUCCCUACUGGACCUCGAUAUCCGGAUCGCAGACCUGUCUCGCCAGAGUUCUUGCGGAAAAAGUCCGAAGUUUUGAAGCAGAGGCGUGAUAGAUACCUGCAGGACGAGAAGAUGGCCAAAAUGCGAGAAACUCGAGCGGCACUGCCUGUCUACACGAAGUCGGAGGAGCUGCUGAAACAUAUACAGGAGCAUGAUGUGACUAUCUGUAUGGCUGCCACCGGUUCUGGCAAGACGACGCAAAUUCCUCAGCUCAUUCUGGAUGAGUGGACCGAGCGAGGGGAGGGCGCGAAGUGCAAUAUUGUUUGCACGCAACCUCGCAGAAUCGCUGCUAUCAGUGUCGCGGGUCGAGUCGCGAAGGAGAGGGGGGAGAACGUUGGUCGUGGGCAUUCGAUCGGUUAUCAGGUCAGGUUCGAGGCGAAUCUUCCAGACGAACACGGCGCGGUUACAUUCUGCACAACGGGGAUCUUCCUCAAGCGCAUGCAAUCCCAGCUGCUUGGGGGCGGCUCUGCCGGCAGGAGUCUGGACGACGUAACACACGUCCUCGUGGAUGAAGUUCACGAGCGCGACGUCGACACUGAUUUGUUGCUCGUCGUGCUCAAGCGUCUGCUCGCGGAUCGCAAAGCGCGCAACCUACCGAUUAAGAUCGUGCUCAUGAGCGCGACGAUCGACCCGAAGCUCUUCCAGGAAUACUUCCGCGAGGACGACGGCCAGCCGGCAAGCGUGAUCGACAUUCCGGGUCGUGCUUUCCCUGUGCAGAAGAAUUACCUCGAUGAUUAUGCUCAUAUGCUGGCGGGCCAUCACGACUCCGCAUGGGUGUUCCAGGAAAAGUCGGUGCAAAAAUACCUGCGGUUCCAGCUUGGAGACGAUGCGCCGGUGCCACGGCUUCCUGCUCCAAGCGGUAGGCCGCGCUCAAGUGAUGUAGUGUCGGAUGCAGAUGAUCACAGUGCCAAGGAUAUCAAGGACGAUGAGCUCGAGCUGCCGGUACCCUUCAUUGCGCUCACGAUAGCGCACGUGCUGAGGAAUUCGGAUGACGGGCAUGUUCUGGUGUUCUUACCUGGAUGGGACGAUAUCAUGGCGGUUCAACGAUGUCUAUUGAAUGCAAGAUCCUUGCUCGGGAUGAACUUCAAUGACCAGUCGCGGUACAGAAUUCACCUUUUGCAUUCAAGCAUUCCCGUGGCCGAGCAGCAGGCCAUCUUCGAGCCUCCGCCUGCGGGUAUCCGCCGCAUAAUCCUGUCCACCAACAUAGCCGAGACUUCUGUCACUAUCCCGGACGUCGUCUAUGUCGUUGAUUCCGCGAAGGUCAAGGAGCAGCGGUACGACCCCGAGCGGCACAUUUCGUCAUUGGUCUCUGCGUGGGUCGGCUCCUCGAACCUCAACCAGAGGGCUGGCCGUGCUGGCCGUCACCGCCCGGGCGAAUACUAUGGCAUCCUCAGCAAGCAGUUCGCGGAGAAGCUUCACCCAUACCAGUUGGUCGAAAUGAAGCGUGUAGAUCUGAGCAACGUCGUCAUGCAUGUAAAGGCGCUCAACUUCUCCGGCAUGACUGUGGAGGAGGUUCUGGCGGAAACUAUCGAACCCCCGGCUCCUGACCGUGUGGUAUCGGCUAUGAAUUCACUCCAAAUGGUCGGUGCACUUGACGAACAGCACAACCUCACAUCGCUUGGUCGCGUGCUUUUACAGAUCCCAAUUGACGUGCAGAUGGGUCGGAUGGUAUUGUUCGGCAGUUUCUUCCGUUGUUUGGACCAUGCUAUCACCCUCGCUGCAAUUCUGACCAAUCGGGAUCCGUUCGUCGCUCCAAUGCACCUGAAGGCUGAAGCAUCUGCCAAGAAGAACUCUUUUACGACCGAGGAUUUCCGCUCGGACGCGCUUGCCACACUAUAUGCUUAUAACGCCUGGUGGGACUUGCAGAAGCAAGGCAACUACGUUUCUGCGAACCGAUUCUGUUCAGAAAACUUCCUCGCGAAGCCUGCGCUCCUGACGAUUCAAAGGAUCAAGGAGCAUUUGCUGAAGUCUCUGUUCGACGCCGGGGUGAUCGACGUCUCCGCAGGUGGCGAUGUCGUUGGACCUGCAGGCCCAAGAAGAGGGGAUCGCUCCAUAGUCCCGUCGGCGUUGAACGUUAAUGCAAAUUCUCGGCCACUUCUCGCCGCUCUCAUUGCGAUUGCGACUCAACCGAAGUUUGCAAUCAGGACAGGCGGAAAAACAUAUCGCACUCAACAUGACAAGACUGUCUUCAUUCAUCCAUCUAGCGUGAAUCACCGGAAGCGUGAAAUCCUCGAAAACGAGCCGAACGCUGUGAUCACCGAGAAGCAGAUCAUUGCAUACGCGGAGAAGCGCCAGAAUAUAUCCGCAGGCUCGACUCAGGCUCAGAUGUUCCUGGUGACGACCACACGGCUGGAUCCGCUGACAUACCUCCUCUUCGGUGCAUACCAUGUCGAUGUGACUGCUCGAGGCUUGGAGUGCGAUGAGUGGCUUCCCAUCGUGGGAAGGGCUGAUGCUCUCGAUGAAGCGGAGCGGCUCAAGGUCAUGAUGGAGGCCUGCAUGCUGCGAGUUUUCGAGGGUAUCAUAGCGCGGUCGGUCACGCGAAGUAGACGAUCCGUACGUGCUCCUGGCGAUGAGCGCGAGUCUGAAUCCGGCGACGAGGAUGAGGGGCCUGUGGAUGGCUCGCUCAGUGGCAUCGAGAUCAAAGAGCUCGACUUGAUGACGCGCGACAUUGUCAACAUUUUGAACAACUACAGUCGGUAUCGCAUUGCCAACCAGUCGCACCACAAUUCGCGGCCUGGGACACCCAUGGACUCUCCGUCGUCCGGGCCCUCUCGUCUGCCGGGAUUCAGCGGCGGAUCGCGCUCCGGAUACUCGACACCGCACAACAUGGCAUACAAUUCGAGGCCUAGCACCCCUAGUCCAUUGUGGAAGAGGCUGUGAGCGAUGGUUGUUGUACGAGUGGCGUUGGAAUAUAGAUGUUCACUAUACAUAUGGUACAAUAAGUCGUGUAAAAGUAGAUUCACAUUUUGUUUUGUUAUGCUAAGGACAUACAGUAAUGCAUGUUUUUCACCGCUCUCUAUG